CAGGGCCCCUCUGUGCCUGGUAGGAAUUCCUCCCCUGAUCCCUCCUGGCUCUCAGAUGAAUCCUCACUGCUGGUAACAUCCACCUCAGUAACAUACUGCUCACUCUCCCCAGAGGACUGCAAGACUGCAGCAAGAGCCUCCUCUAGUUCCAGGCUUCUCUUCAUUGCUGUCUGCUGGAGAAAUGACCAGCCAGACAAGGCUGCAUCUUUGACUCAGAGGCAGAGCGGGUCGUCCAUUAAUCGGAAGAGAACUAAUCAGCUGCUCCAUCCUGAAGUUCCUGUGAAGCCGUUACCAUGGCAAUGAAUAAAAACACGUCAUUCAAAUAUGACUACAUCAUCUCUAAAAGUGAUCUGGUCCAACCAGGAUCUCCCGCUGUCUAUCAACUGAAACCAAAGGAAGAGAAUAUUGGGCCUCUAAAAAGAAUGACUGUUGGUAAAAAAGAUCCUACCAAAACAAACAGAACCAUUUUACUUGUUGGUGAAACCGGAACAGGAAAAUCUACUCUGAUCAACGCUCUGGUCAACUACACCAUGGGAGUGGAGUGGGAGGACAAUGUCUGGUUUCAGAUCGUAGAGGACGAGAAGAGAAGUCAGACACAGAGUCAGACAUCAGAUGUGAUCGUUUAUGAGAUCUUUGGUUUUGAAGAUAAAACUCUGCCCUACUCUCUGACCAUCAUCGAUACUCCUGGAUAUGGAGAUACCAGAGGGACUGAAGAAGAUGUCAUUGUCAGUCAGAGAUUAUUUGACUUGUUCCGCUCAGAGGACGGAGUCCAUGAGAUCAAUGCAGUGGGUCUGGUGCUGAAAGCGACUGAGAAUCGACUCAGUGACCGUCUGAGGUACAUCUUUGAUUCGGCCGUGUCUCUGUUUGGAAAAGAUGUGGAGAAGAACAUAGUUGCCCUUCUCACUCACUCAGAUGGAAGAACUCCUAAAAAUGCUCUGAAAGCCCUCGAGGCUGCAAACAUUAAAUGUGCCAGAAAUGAAAAGAAUCAGCCGGUUCACUUCCUGUUUGAUAACUGCCAGAAUGAAGACAGGACAGAGGACACAGAAGACCUUAAACAUUCGGAUAAAAUAACAACAAAAGGACUGAGACAGUUCACAGACUUUCUAGAGAAAACUGCACCUCAAAAGCUGGAGACAACUGUGGAUGUUCUGACUGAGCGAACUAUACUGACAGCCUCCAUCCAAAACCUAAGAGAUAGAGUUGAGUUGAUUGAAAAAAAACAGGAAGAGAUCCAACAGAUUCAGGAAGUGCUGAAGAAAAAUGAACAAGAGAUGAAGAAGAAUGAGAAUUUUAAAAUAAAAGUCAAGAAGCCAUACAAAGAUAAAGAAACUAUCAACGGUAGAGCUGUCUGCUGUAAUAAAUGUGAGGAGAAAUGUCACUAUCCUGGAUGUACAGUGGCUAGGGGUCCAGAAUGCUGUAAGGUCAUGAGAUACAGCCGCUGCACUGUUUGUUCCGGGAGGUGUCAUCACAAGGCUCAUGUGAAAGAAAACUGGAUCUAUGUGAACAAGGUAAGGGAAGUUGAGGAAACUCUAGACGAUGUGAAAAGGAAGUAUGAAGAGAACAAGGCAGAAAGUGAGAGCAAGUUGAACCUUUUAGAAAUUCUUCGAAAGAAAACAGAAGAUCUUCAGAAAGAUAAAGAUAAAUGGUUGGAAGAGUCCUUCCAGCAUGUUGUCAGACUGGAGCAGAUCGCCCUGAAUACUGAUUCACUGUCCACUCUUGUCCACUUGGACUUCCUGAUUGAGAAGAUGAAGGAGAAAGGAGACACAGAGAAGGUCCAGAAACUGGAAGAGAUGAAAAGUCGAGUGGAUGAAGGAACCAGAGCUGGAAUGAGGUAUGGCUUUGGUAAACUGUCAGCAGCAGUUAAAUCGAUGAUGAAGUAGAUGAAGAACAUGACUGUGAGAAGACAGCUGUGUAAAAAACAAGAUCUGCUGACUCGUUCUGGUUCUAUGAAUGUUCUUGUAAUAACUACAGAAGAAGAUUACAAUGUAAUCUCCUUUUAAAUUUCAAAUGUGUGAUUCCUGGAAACAGCGCCCUCUGUGGUUUCAUGUAAAAUCACCAACAGUUAGUCACUGUACAGAAGAACAUCAGUGCUGAAUGAAGGAUUCACAUCCUGUACCUACUGUAAGUAAAAGUACUAAUGCCACAUUAAAAAUGUUACUUAAAUGUUCCAUAUGUGAGAUUCUAAUUCUGUGAGAUUUAAGCAUUAUUUUGAUGCAUUAAUCACUUUUUUAGUGCCAGUGAGUAAAUGGAGUCCGCUAACGUCUACAAGCGACCGACACCCACCACAACACAGAGUCCAACACAGAGUCCAAAGUCAAAGCUAACAUUACUGCAGAGCUUGUGGCAGAUAUAUGUGACAUAUUGUCUGAUUGGGCUGUUAGCUGGAUAAUGUUAGCUUACUUGCUAAUAAUGACCAAUUGCUAUUUAGCUAACAUAGUAAAAUACUGUCCGCUUUCUUCGUCCUGACUCCCGGAUCUGAUCUGACUGACUCACCGAGGGGGCCGGUGCUGGAUAACGGAACCCCUAGUUUGAUUUAGCCAACAUUAUACCACGAUCUGGGUGAAUACUGGACUCUCAUUGGCUGCUGAGUGUCCAUUGCUUCCUGAUGUAGGACACAUACUAAGUUCCAGUGAAACUUUCUGAAUUAAGUCCUUCAGUGUCUCGUCCUGUGAACACCACAGGAUGGCCACUGUGGCCCUCUGAGCUCACUGGUACUUCCUAUCAGAGAUCCUCCUACAUGCCUUCCGCUAACUAUCACUGUCAAAUUAUAUUUACGUUUGUUGACCGUACGCAGCACUAUUGACUUUGAAUCUUGCUAGCGUAACGUUAGCUCUCUGAAUGUAGGGAACUAGAAAUUUUGCCUGUUGCCAAGUCGUAUCUAAGGUUCAUCCUAUUUACUGGAGCAGUGAACAAUGUUUCCAUUACAUUAUGUGAUGGUAAUGAUUUUUCCAGGUGAACCUCAGGUGGUACCAUGGAAACGGAGUCAUGGCUUGUAAAAAACGCUUUGAUUGCAAAACACAUGAAAAUAUGAAAUAAUGAUCUUAUUUUGUUUCUUUGGUAAGUGAUGUAUAUAAGGGGGAUAAUGUCCUUCCAGGUGUCCAUCAUCAGUAACUGAUGAUUAAUUCCCGAUAAUAGACACCUCGUCGGGCGAUAUCCCAUAAAUAAUGUAGCGGUACAAAGCUAAUGAUUGCGUUCUACUGGCCGAUGACAGCCACAUCUAGAACCUUUAAGUUUAAGUAAGUGUAAAAUGUACCUAAAGGUUUAGAAAUAUGACAGACUGCAUCUAAUGAUUAUUUUCUCAUUAUUGAUGAAGUGAAACCUUCACAAUGCUUGUUUUAUCCAACCAAUAACCCAAACCUCAAAAUUAUUACAAAUACAUUCAGAUCAUUACUAUAAGCUGGAACCAUGAAAUGUUUUUACAUUAAAAAUGACUUAUGAUUAUAAAAAUAGUUGAUGAUGAAUUUUCUGUCAAUAAAUGAACUGUCUGUUUCAGCUGUUCUUGUUUAUUUUCAUAUGUUUAGUGUAAAAAUAUGAGUUUGUAAAGUAAGUGAAGCUUUUCUCUGCCAUGUAAACAACUGGGACACAGCUAACAGCUCUGCCUUUAAAUGGAGUGAGGACGCCCCCUGGUGGUCAAUGUGUGGUACAACAGCUCCCUUACUCCCCUAUAUCACAGACUAAACACAGUGGGGUCCUGUUGUUUUCUGCUUUCUGAGGGAUAUUCCUCUUAUUAUCAUGUGUUCUUCAGUAUGAUUCUGCUUUUGCUGAAUAGAUGUGUCUGAUAUAUCCACCAUGAUAUCACAAUGUUUAAGCUGUUGGGAAACUAAAUCCAAGUCAACUCAUUAUAAAGGAGUUGAUCCUGGAGGGGGUUGAUACUGUACCUCUUCCUGUGUCUUCUGUCAGCGGGAUGUUUGUGUGGAGCACUUUAAGGAGGAGAAAGGAAGAGAAGAAAGGUCCAAUAACACGUGCAGUGAACUCAUGAACAUCCUGUUGUUGGCUCCAGUUAAUGUGUGUUAUCUCAAAGUGCUCCAAGAACUGAGGACAGACUGCCUCUCCUCACUCACAUCUGUGUAAUGCUGAUGAUGGCUCUCGCUUGCAACCAAUAAAGAUCCACUGAGAAUCUGAA